AUGGGACAAACCAGCUCUACAACAGAAAGCAAUACAGCUAACGAUGAACAAAAUGCAACAAAAAUUCAAAAUAAGUACCAUAACUAUACAGAGAUAGAAGAUUAUUUUGAGAAAAGAGCUAUACGACAUCUUACUACCAGUGAAAUAUUAUCAUAUGGGUUAUCGUUAAAUGAAAAGAAAGAUUUAAAGCAAACAUAUCCACAAACAUUACUGCUGGAAAGAUUGCAUAUACUACAGGGAAACCAAUUGCUUACCGAUAUCGUGCUUACCAUAUUCAAGACAUUGAACAAUUUCCCACUAAUUAAUGAUUCUAAUGAAGAGACAAGUUUUGGAGGUGUUUUGAAAAGUAUCAUACUUUUAUCACCAAGAUGUAAAAAAUACAUCGCCAAUAGAAAAUUUAAUAUCAUAACCUUGAUAUAUAUUGCCCUUUCAAAGGUCAAUCAAAAAGAUAAUGAGGUUGGUGAGCGGCAACUGAACGAAUCAUAUAAAAUUCAAGAAGUUCUAGAUAAUUAUAAUAAUACAAACUUCGAAGAUAUAACAGUAAGUUCUGAAAUUAUGUUACAAUUCAUUACGUGGCUAUUGACACUCCAGUACAUAGCACCUUCAAAUAACUGCAAAUUAGAUUACAAAAUUACAUCUGAAGAAUGGAGAGCCUUUGAAAAUUCAGCGAAAUGCAUAAUUCGCUCAAUGAAUUCCUUUGCGUUUACUUCAUCCUCAUCUAGAGAUAAUACUUUUGAAAUUUCCUAUGAAGAAUACGCUACAGUAUUCAAGGUUAUUGCGCCAAAUAUUUUAAUUGGAUUAGAAAAUUUAGUUGAGCAUUUGUUAUAUAGCCAGAAAGAUCUGAUAGAAAGUGAUCAUCCAUUAAGCAAUAUUGAAGAAUCUAAACUGUUAACAAAGGCUCUCUUCGCUCAGAUCAUAACUGCUGUGCCUAAAGAAAUAAACAUUACAAAAUUACAGAAACUUUAUAUCGGAAGGGAGAGUGGAUUUUCUAUGAGAUCAUUACAAUCAAAAGUGUUUAAAUGGGUUGCACCUACCAUUAUUUUGAUAAGUGGUAUGCGUAUUACAGAUGAUACUGAGUAUGGAAAAUCGAAAAAUCCCAGAUAUAAGAAAUUUUUAGAACAUUAUUCUAAAUUAAGAAAUGAAGAUCAACAUUUAGAAGAAUGUUUUCAAAGGAAAAGGAAAGUAACAUUUGCGGUAUAUAUAAAAGAACCAUGGAAAAUUACCAAUAAAUCAUUUUUUGGAGGUGAACAUACAACAAUAAUACAAUUAAGCCCUAGACAGGAUAUUUGUCGUGCGAAUACCUCGGAUAUAGUAUUUUUCAAUACUGUUGGUGGUGGUAUAGGUAUUGGUAACUCACAACCGAUCAUUAAAUCCAAAUUAGAAAAAUAUCAACCAGGAAAUGUGUCUUUGACAGUUGAUAAUGCUCUAGAGUUUGGUGCCUUCAGAAAUGUAGGAUAUGGUGGGAAAGUCAAUCCAAGUAUGUUACAGACAGAAAAGGAUACUCUUACUAACACCUACGAAUUGAGGUUUAUUAUUCAGGACAUUGAGGUUUGGGGUUGUGGGGGUGAAAAAGAAUUGGAAGAACAAAUAAGACAGCUCCAAUGGGAAGAAAAAGAGGCAAAGAGAAGACAACAUGUUAACUUAAAAAGUCUUGGGGAAGACAGGGCAUUACUCGAAAUGGCGGGCCUAGUUGGGCAACACCAAAGCGGUGGAUCAAUGUGA